AUGCUUCAGGAGACCCUAUCGCUUGUUAAGAGCUCGGCCAGUGCGAACCUUAGUGUUGCAUACUCAAAUCAAGUGGAGACGUUGGUGAGUGCUGGAAACGAGAGUUUGGCUGAUGGUCGAAUGUUGCUGCUUGCAGUGGCGCAUGUACUCGACCAGAGUCCGGGGAAGGAGCUCAAGGUGCUCAGUGCACUGGAUCGGUACUUGGGCAGCGUACUAAACGAGAGAGAGACGGACAAAAAGGAGGUUUCAGCCGCGUGUGGACUUUACUGCUUGCUGGUUGGCAAGGCCUCGUUGCACGAGCAAUGGGUCGUACGUGCCAUUACAGCUGGGCUUGUGAGUGCGAAGAUCGACCAACUUGCUCGUACUGUGACGAUAUCGCACUCGCUUCAACGUCGUUUCUGGGAUGAGCAGUGGAAUGAGAUGCACGAAAAGCUGCAGUCGUACAAGAAAAACGUCGGUGGCUUGCUGGAUGGUAUCAGGAACGCCCGUCGUGCUCAGAAGGCUCAGUAA